AUGUUAAGAAUGGAUGGGGAGGAAAAUAAGAAGAGAGAUGACGUUGAUGAGAGUUUACCAACUGAGUUGACAGAAGAAUCCCAUAGAAAUACAUCAGGAGAAAAUGCUGGAUGUGACUCUUCGUCUCAGCAGAAAAAAAGGCUUAUCUCAGAUGAAAUGUUUAGGGACAUUGAAAAGAAAAGAAAAGAGAACGGCACAAACAAAAGAGCGCUGUCAGGAUCACCAAAGCUGGAUGUUGUUGAAGCAGACAAACCUGAAAAUGUCUCCAGAAAAAGAAAGCGGAGUUCUUCAGAAGACAUGAAAGAUAGUGAAAAGAAAUUGCACAAAGUCGUAGCUGGAGAAGCAGGUAGCAUAGUAGCUGGAGCUGUAAAGAAGGAAGGAGUCGCCAGUUGUCUUGGUGAUGACAUAUUUAAUUCAAAUUUCCCGUGCCUGCAUCGUGAUUUCAAAUGUGCUGAUGGUGCCAUAUUGAAUAUUCACAAGGAAAAUAAACAUUCACAAGAGGUGCCAACUGCUGCUCCUGAUAAGUUAUCUUCUUCAGAAGAAAUCAGUGUUGGCUGUACAGUUGGAAACAUAGACAGAGAUCUUGAAGGGAAAAUGAGUGAUCACUGUUUACCUUCCUGCUCUGAUAUGGAAGAACAUAAACGAGAAUGCCCCUCUAAACAAUCCAGAGAGCAAACAUGCUCCCACUGUAGUUGCACAGCUGAAUGUAGUUCAACAUUACACAUGCCUGUUAAGCAAGAUCAUGAGAAAUCCAAGAUAUUUUGUUGUGAUCUUUGUGGUUUUCAGACUGCUGAUGAAAACCUCCUAAAUUCUCAUUUCCUUGGUAAGACGCACCUUCGAUGCCAGAAUCUUGCUGCACGGGGAGGAUUUGUACAGAUAUUGACAAAAAAAUCCUUUAAAAAACAACAAUCUGCUGCAACCAAAGAGAGGAAUGUCAGAGCAAAACCUGGAACCAGUAAAUUAAGGGCAAGAGCUGCUGAUGCAAAAGAAUUAAGUGUUUGUAGUGCACUGAAAGGCUCAAAAGUAAGCUUGUCUAAACAAAAUGAUGGCACCGAACUUGUUGAAAUGAUACCGUCUUCAGAUAUUCCCACUGAAAAAACAGAUACUAUGACAGAAGAAAUGUUGUCUUCUUCUGCUGUAGAAGGAAAUGAUGAAGUCCAUACUGAAAAACUAGAAAUACCAGGACCCUCAGCAAAUGUCUUGCAGAAAAGAGAACUCCAGCCAACUACCAAAAAGCUAGUUGGCAGUUUAAACAUGACGAGGAGAUCUGAUAGAUCAGAACAUAAAAGAAACAUUGUCUUGUUAAGGUCUUUAUUUGGACAGAGUAGAUCUUGUAGAUUAAAAAGGCAGGUUAAAAGAAGGUACAGUUUGUUGGGUAACAGUAAGAGAGGCAAGUCUGAAACUCGGAGAGUACACAUGAAGCAUAUCUCCAGCACACAGCUUAAACCUAGUGAUUCAAGCCCUAUGUCACAUACCGAAUUAGAGAAAGAUGCUAAAAGUAAUUGUAAUACUACUUCAGAAAUUCAAGAUCUCACUGAAGAUAAACCAAAUAAUCUUUCUUCCAGCAGUACAGAUACUAAAAGUUCUGAUGUUAAACUUACUGCUGAUGAUGCUUGCAUUGAUUGCAGUCAUGUUUCUCAGAACAGAAAAAGUUUGGAAAGUCAUGUUGCAAAGCUUCAUACAAAAAGGAUCCAGUUUCAUUGCGAGAUGUGUAGUUAUUCCUCUGGAGUCAGGGAAGACAUGAAGCAACACUGUCAGGACAGUAACCACCAGAUGGGUGGUUGUAGCUUUAAUUGUCAAAUCUGUUCAUUUACCAGCUCGAAUGUGGUCAGCCUUCAAAGCCAUAUGAGUGAAGUGCAUAAUAUGUCCCAUAAUUGUCCAACUUGCAUUCUUUUUUUUCAAAUGGAAGAAGAGCUGAUAAAUCAUCAAAAAAAUGAGAAGCAUGAUGAUUCAUUAUUUCAGCAAGCAACUCCAUUGAGUAACAGUGAUCGGACCUUCCACGUGGUAAAUUAUGCUGACUCAGUAUCAAACAAUAGCCAAAAUCUUGCAAAGGAAAUGGAAGUAUCAAUGAAAGCAAAAACUCCAGACUCUUCCUUCAUAAAUCAUAGAAAUGAACUAAAGCAUUCUGUUCUGAAUAAAACCCAAUUUCAAUGUAAAAAGUGUUUUUAUAAGACAAGAUCUUCCACGGUUCUUACAAGGCACAUAAAACUCCGGCAUGCACAGGAGUAUCACUUCCUUUGCAAAGCAUGUAACCUCUACUCACUGAGUAAGGAAGGAAUGGAGAAGCAUAUCAAAAGAAGCAAGCACCUUGACAAUGCCAGGAAAAACAAUAUUGGACUACGUUUUGAAGAAUGUAUUGAAAAAGUUUGUGUUGGUGUUGGUGGUAUUAAAACAGUGGUAGAUCCUUCCAUUUCUGGGAGUGGGAACACAGAGUUAGAUAAAGAAAUUAUACAUGUUUCAUCCUCUUCUGUGGAAAACAUAUCGAAAAACAAGGAAUUCAUUCCAUUUGAUCGAAGGAUUGGUGAAAACGAAUUGGUUUUAGCUAAUGCACACAAAAGAGGGAAACCCAAAGGCACUAUAUCUAGGACAUGUACCCAUUGUGGUCUUUUGGCCUCCAGUGUUACAAAUUUGACUGUUCACAUCAGACGAAAGCACAGUCAUCAGUACAGCUACUUGUGUAAGGUUUGCAAUUAUUACACUGUAACCAAAGGAGAUAUGGAACGCCACUGUGCAACCAAAAAACACAAAAGUCGUGUUGAAAUAGAGGGAUGUGGAAAACAAAAGUCAGAGAUCAUCGUUAGCCCUGAAGGAGGUAAUUUUGAAUCCAUGAGCAAGAAGGUUAACAGCCCCAUGACUGCCUUGUAUGAACAUGUGGAGGAUGGUAGCCCGUCAUCAGAUUUGGAAAAUUCUGUCUUAGACAAUCAGGAAGUUGAGCAAGGAGAUGCUGAGCUAAAGGUUGUAAAUGCCAGUAGGCUGCCAGAUUUGGAGCUUACUAGCAGUCCAUUAAAUAUAAACCAACGUGUAUUUCUGGAACCGGCAAGGGUUACUCAAGAUGGUCAGCCAUGCUUCCAGAGAAGAGCAAUGGGUGCAAACGACAACAAGUGCAUGCACUGCAGCUUCAUUGCUCAUUCUUCUUCUUCUUUAGACCUGCAUGUGAAGCGAAAACACACAAAACAAUUUGAAUACUACUGCAUGGCUUGUGACUACUAUGCCGUUACUCGCAGAGAGAUGAUUAGGCAUGCAGCAACAGAGAAACAUAAAAUUAGAAGAGAAUCUUACGUUUAUUCUUCGUCUGGGGAGGAUGCAAACACAGCAAAUAUCGCUAAAGGUGGCACUGCUUUGUCUCAAGAGGAACACCAUCACAGUGCAGGAGAACUGGAAACUGCUGUAGGUGAAAGAGAAUGUGCCAAUGAUGCAGCAGAAGAUGAUCAUAUGAGUAAAAGCUUAACUGACUGUGCUGUCUUAGAUGAAAACGCAUCUCCAGGAAUGCUUCAAGGUGGCAGUUCCCAAAAUGCAGUAGAAGGUGAACUUGAAGAGGAGUCUGAAAAUGGAGAAGAAAACCCGUUUUGUGAAGGAUUCCAGCAAACUCCUCAGAAAGAUAAAGUUGUUAAACUUGACAAGGAAGCAUCAGUGAAAGAAACAGGUACCUGUGAGUUAAAGAAAAGUAGGCAUGGUCAGGAGCUGCUCAACUCAGGUGAUGAUUGCACUUCAGCAAAUCAAAAUAGAUCAAGCAGCACAAACCCGAAUUCAGGAAAAGGUGAGGAAAUCUUGGAAGCAAACAGAGAAAAUCCUGAAGUGGAGUGUAGAAACACAGACAUUGUUAAAAAAAUAUCACUGAAACAAAAUAACCCGCUUAUGCUGACACUUCCAGAAACAAGUAGUGCAGUAGAGCAACCCAAUUUCGCUGGAAACAUUGGAGAAACCGUACAAAAUAUACAUAGUUUAGAGGGUGACAGAAGUUUCAAAGAGGAUCCUACUGGGGAAGAGGAAGAAGCCCUUAUGGAAGCACAACGUGAAGCAGAAGGAACUAUAAAUAACAAUGUUUGGGAGGCAGAUGGCUCAACAGCUGAGGGCAUGCAAGAAAGUAGUAAUGAGGCUUUAGGAACAGUUAUCAGUGCUGAUGAUAAAGGAAAGGCAAUGCAAAAUUUUGGCAAGUUUGAUUCUUCUAUAGUGAGGUUAAAAAGCCAUCAAGAUGGGGAGGCCACUGACCAUGCUGCUGAAGGACAGAUGUCAGGUGGUGUGAAAGCUAGCGAGCUCACAGUGAAAGCAGACUCUUCACCAAGCGGUGGGAAAAAGAAGAAGUCAGAAGGAAUUUCCUUUGGGGAAUCGACACGUAUUCGCUGCGAUGACUGUGGUUUUCUAGCAGAUGGUUUGAGCGGACUAAAUGUUCACAUAGCCAUGAAACAUCCUUCAAAAGAAAAACAUUUUCAUUGUUUACUCUGUGGAAAAUCAUUUUACACAGAGAGCAACCUUCACCAGCACUUGGCCAGUGCCGGGCACAUGCGAAAUGAGCAGGCAAGCGUGGAGGAGCUGCCCGAAGGAGGUGCCACCUUUAAGUGUGUGAAGUGCACGGAGCCCUUCGAUUCGGAGCAGAGCUUGUUCCUCCACAUCAAAGAGCAACAUGAAGAGCUGUUGCGGGAGGUGAAUAAGUACAUUGUGGAAGACACUGAGCAAAUAAACAGGGAGAGGGAAGAGAACCAAGGCAAUGUCUGCAAGUAUUGUGGGAAGAUGUGUAGAAGUAGCAAUUCCAUGGCCUUCUUAGCUCACAUCCGUACCCAUACAGGUAUGGAAACGCUCUCUUUGCAAGUGGUCUCUUUUAAACACGGUGAAUUAGACCAUUGA